ACUGGCUCAUUUGAAUGUACUAGUAGUGAGGGAGGAGGAGGAGAGCUCCGUUCCUCUGCGAUAGAGCUGAUAGUCUCUUAUCUCAGCAUCCGAGAAACACUCCCGCUAAUCGCACAUCAUUGGGAUCGUGAACGCUGACUUCCCAAUGAUAGACGAGGGAAAACCUUUCUGCCUUUGAGACUAUCAGGGAAAAAGAAACGGAGACAUACCGGGAGGUUCUCCAGUAGAAGUUCGGAACGAGAGAAAGAAAGAAUAGUGUUAUUUUUUUUUUUACAGAUUAGCCAAUUUCAAACAUCAAAAUGACCAGAAGAUCCUGUGCCAUUUACGCAACCGGGAUCGUGUGCGCUCAUUUGCUCAUUUUGGGAAUCGCCCUUCUGGUGGCUCAAGUCUUCCAAACAAUGAUUCAGGAACGGAUAAAAAAGGAGAUCACACUGGCUGAGAACAGUAGAGUAUUGGAGGGCUGGAUAAAUCCUCCACCACCUGUUUACAUGCAGUAUUUCUUCUUCAAUGUUACCAACCCAGAUGAGUUUUUGGCUGGGAAGGAGAAGCCCAAAGUCACUCAAAUAGGGCCAUAUACCUACAGGGAAUAUCGACCCAGGGAAAAUGUCACUUUCCUUGAGAAUGGGACGAAAAUCUUUGCCACAAAUCCCAAGAGCUUUGUAUUUCUUCGCAACAUGUCAUCGGGAGAUCCUGAGGUUGACCGUGUGAUAACGGUUAACAUUCCAUUCAUUGCCGUGAUGAACGAGUUAAACUCCUACUCCUUCUUUCUGAGGACUGCUGUGUCUAUGUGGAUGGGAUCCAUGGGCAUCGAGGUGUUUAUGAAUCGCACAGUCCAUGAGGUCCUGUGGGGUUUCAAAGAUCCGCUGUUGUCCAAACUCCACGCCAUGAGACCAGAAGUGGAUGAGCAUUUCGGCCUUAUGUACAAUAAAAAUGGAACCCACGAGGGUGAAUUUGUCUUCCACACUGGAGAGAAGAACUACAUGGACUACGGCAAGAUUGACACGUGGAAUGGCAUCAGUCAGAUGAACUGGUGGUCGUCUAACCAGAGCAACAUGAUCAAUGGUACCGAUGGCAGUGUCUUCCACACCUUCCUGUCCAGGAAAGAGCUCCUCUACAUCUUUGCUGCUGAUCUGUGCCGAUCCAUUCAUUUGGGUUACGUGGCUGAUACAGAAGUGAAGGGCAUCCCUACCUUCCGCUUCGCCCCUCCUUCAGAUGUACUCGCUCCUCCAGAUGUGAACCCCAGUAACGCUGGCUUCUGCGUGCCUGCUGGGGAUUGUCUAGGAAAAGGAGUCCUCAAAGUCAGCGUCUGUCGGCAAGGUGCACCCAUUGUUGUGUCAUUCCCUCAUUUCUAUCAAGCCGAUGAGAGGUACAUCAAAGCCAUUGAAGGAAUGAACCCAAAUGAGGAAGAACACGAAACAUACCUCGACAUCAACCCGACCACAGGGGUUCCUGUUCGUGCCUGCAAGAGAGCUCAGCUCAAUGUCAUACUGAAGCGAGUCCCUGGCUUCCCCAAAACAAAAUUCCUGAAUGAGACAAUUUUCCCCAUUAUGUAUGUCAACGAGACGGCAACUAUCGACGAUGGGUCUGCAGCCCAGAUGAGGACGCUUCUGUUGAUUGUAACAGUUGUGUCCAACUUCCCAGUCAUCAUUGUGGGACUGGGGGCCAUUUUACUUGUGGUCCUGAUCUUCCUCGUCUGCAGGAACCGCCAGAGAAAGAAUGAAGUAAAACGUAUUGAUUUUACUGAAGCUUUUCAUUCUUUUGCUACGGUGAAGGACGAAACGGCUUAUACCCAAGUGAGCAACCAAGCGGAGGAUUCGCCAGAGAACCGCACCAAUCAGCCUUUGAGAAACGGAUCUUACAUCGCCAUGUCGCCAGUAGAGGCGCAAAAGUGUUGAUGAAGAUGACUUGGUGGAGUCUCACUUGAGGACAUCACGUCUAUCCUCUUCACCCUUUUUAUAUUGUUAGUUCUCACUGUGCGAUUCGUCUUCAGGGGCCAGUCCCCGCACGCUCACCACCGUUUGCCGAGGGUCACUUAUUUGACCUGUGACUUUUUUUGUUUCCUUGAGCAUGGCCUUUCAAACUGCCAUAUCUUCAAUCAAAACAUAUAUAAACUCAAAGCACCCACUUCAGUUUCAAACAACCGUCUCUGGGUUUCCAGAGGCUUCUGUUGCCUAGUUCUGAGAGGCCUGAAACACACACUCUUGCCUUUUGAAAACGCAUAUAUGCAUUGCAUGCUCACAGAGUCCAUAGUUCCUGAAGGGUCAUAAACCCUUUCAGCAUGAGAGAGUGUGAAGGGUUCACAGCAGCCUGUGCUCUUAAAGUGUUUCUGAUCUCUUCCCACACUACUGUAUACAGGUCUACACAGGCAGACCUUGAACUAACACAGCUCUUCAUACGUCAAACCUUUUGGUAAUGAGCAGAUAAACUAUUGAUUUACCUCCUCUAAGAGUAUUAGAGAGUUAAAAGGUCUAAUAUGCUAACAAAAAUCUGGGUCUUAUCCAGAACUUGUGUGUGUGUGUGUGAUUGUACAUACCAGUAUGUGUGUGUAAUUAUAUGUGUGUAUUUCUGCAGGCAUGUCAAUGCUUGCAUGUUUUUGUCACACUGUGGUGAACUGCUCUGGUGGGUCACUGUCCACCGUAUUGCACGAUGCAGAGUGACAACAAGUGGAAACUAGUGACUUCAGCGGUCCUCUUCAUUUCAUAGUAUCUGAGUCACGUUUUUUCUGAUGCCAGAAACAUUUCAGUGAUGAUAGCUGUUAAAAGAGGUCAGACAGUCUCCUUUAAGGCAUUGCAUUACAGACAUCGUACUAGCUUUCAGCAUUUCGUAAUGAACGAACAACACGCGUAGAACACUUACAAGAGAGACUUGAAAUUUUCUGCCUUACAAAUACUUAAGAACACAAUGUGAUUCUGCUGCAUGGUAAAGGAAGGUAUAAGGUGGAACUAGACGAAAUGUCAGACAGAUAUUGGCCAAUCAGUGGUGGACUUAGAACUACGUCCAUCCCUUUUCACAGCAAAACACGUCUGUUCUGUAAUCUCGAGAGCACAACUACAGUCCACUGAACCCACAGUCGUAUCAGAGUGGAAGGGGUUAAAGGCCAGCAGGUUUUUGAGGGGUUAUCGGUGAAGUUUGCACAUCUUUUUUCUGUGCACGUUUGGUUUAUAUUAACCCCCUGUGGCUGAAAGAGACUCUAGCACUUGAAUCACUGCUUUUGUCUGUUGAGUUUAUUUUUGUUGCUUUUUCUGUCCUUGAUAUUUCGAUCCUUCGCUAUUGCUAAAAAAUGAAUUGAGGCCAUAUUUGAAAUCAGCUUGAACGGGAUGUGAUAGCUGCACACUUUACAAAAUAUCACUAAAGAUGAAUCAUCUUAUUCGUUUCUGUUUGUCCAAAUGAAUCUUUUUGGUUGUCUGUCUGAAGUUGCCAUAACCCUUGAGUGCGGUUACACUCGUAUGUAUCAGUAAAUCGUUCCCAUUUUGGUGAUGCUUGUUGGAAUGAUUGAUGUUUGUUACUUUUACUUGACGUAAACCAUCUGUUACUUAUUGCGACCGCGGUUUUCGUGGAUUGCAGUGCACACUAUUGCAUACUUGCCUGUGCCAUGGAUUUAGUGCCAGGUUUAAACUGGAAACACUGUAUAUGUGCAGUGUCUUAUGCAGCUGUAUGUGAACAAAACUGACGGAAAGUAAUUCAAGCUUUAGCGUAAUUAUCUACCAGUCCAUUGGAGAGGCUCUUUGAGUUUUGUUGUCAGCGCAGUUAGUAUAUACAUUUAUGUAAAAAUGGUCUUUGCUCAGCACUGUCUGUAAAAGACCCCGCUGGACUAUUGUGGUGAGACGCAACAUGUGACUUGAGUAUGAAAGACCUAAGAACCUGAGCCAUUUCUAUACAGUUUCCAGAUUCCUUAUGGUGACUUUUGCCCCUAUAUGCUUGACCAAAGAUUACAUCGGUUUGGUAGAUAACUGGUUUGUUUGCUUUCCACACAGAUAGCUGUAGUGCCAUCGAUUUCCCAUUUACAAGAGCAUUAGAACCUCAUUGUCUGCAAGGGCAAAUAAGAAAAAAAAAAAAUUUGAAAAAAGUCACAAAAUAUUUUCCAGAGCAUACUAUGUGAGUUUAUAAUGUGUUUAAUACAGCAAAGAACUUAAGAUGUAAAGUGUUGCCACAGAGUGCAAAGAAAAUCUCAGUAUUAUGUAUUGACAUAGCAAUACGAUGAUAUGUAAAAAGCAAAUUUUAUAAUGAAGUAAAAAGGUUUUGUAAUCAGACAGACGAAUAUUUAUGUAUUCAUAUGUUCAAUGAUAUGUACAUUAUCUGAAUUUGUAAGGUCUUUUCUUUGGUCUGGUUCAUUUCUAUAUUUUUUAAUUAUUUUGUAAUAUUUCAAGUGGAGUCAAACACAUUUCUGUUUUCUUCGUAAUUUUAUUUUUUUUGUUUUCCUUCAGAUUUAUGAAGUAGUACCAAGUGAAUAUUGUCCUAAAUUCGAGAUGGAACGGUGUAUGUGGUUGUAAAAACUGUUAACUUCGAUGGAGAAAGGCUUGUGUUGUAUCUGUGGGGUGUGAGCCUAUGUGUGUAAUGAUCUCCUGUUAUACAACUCUCAAGCUGUCAACACACUGUUUUGUCCAACUGGAAUAACAAAGGGAAGGCUGAGAGUCUUUGAGUUCCACUUAGGAAGAUUGCCAUAGUGCCAUGUUGGGUACAAGGGAAAUUUCCACUUGCAAUCUAACCUUUUUUUUCUUAGAUGAAUGAUGCCCUCCUUCAGGGAUGAGCUUUUAGUGCCAUACAUCCUUGUUUAUUUCACUUGCUUUAGUAGCAACAUGUUUAAGCAGUGUAGCAGGUUUUUUUGUUUUUGUCCCCCCCCCCCCGCCUUCAUUUCAGGGCUGGUAAAUUCCUCACAACAUCUUUGAGGGUGGUUUUAAAAACACUGAACACUUCGUGUCCUCCUGAGAUGCAUUGCGUUUUUUUGCUGCUGAGAAUGACAAUCCUUAUGUCAUGUUAGGUGCAAAAUCAUUUCAAGUAAUAUUAAUUUUUAGUUUUGAUAAUUUACACUGCACAAAUCUUUCUACAAUGCUUUUGUAAACAUUUUUAGUGUUAUUUGCAAAAAAAUAAAAAAUGUUGAAAUUCUUGCAA